GUUGACGUCGUCGCGCGUCGCUGUUGUGGUCUCGCGGUGAUGACGUAGGCGGGCCAGCUUCCUCAAAGGCUUUCUCAGCGGAGGAGGAAGAGAGACAUCCUCAAACCGCAAAGUAACGCGUCUCCCGAUGUACAUGAGGUUUUUCUCCAGGUUGCUGUCAGCUAUGGCUGGACCCAGGCCUGUGGUGUUCAGCGGCCCGUCAGGAGCAGGGAAGAGCACCCUGCUGAAGAAGCUCAUGAAGGAAUAUGACAGCGUCUUUGGCUUCAGCGUAUCGCAUACAACUCGGAAACCUCGACCUGGAGAAAAAAAUGGCAAAGAUUACCAUUAUGUCACUCGGGAGGUAAUGCAGGCGAGCAUCGACAAAGGCGAUUUCAUGGAGAGCGCCGAGUUUUCCGGCAACAUGUACGGGACGAGUAAAGCGGCUGUGCAAGACGUCCAGGCCAAGAACCUCAUCUGUAUACUUGACUUAGACAUGCAGGGCGUGAGGAACAUUAAAGCCACCGACCUGAAUCCCAUGUACAUCUCCAUCCAGCCCCCAUCCAUGGCAGUCUUGGAAAAACGUUUAAGAGACAGGAAAACCGAGUCAGAGGAGAGCCUCCAAAAGCGUCUGGAUGCAGCCGAGAAGGAUAUGGAGUUGGGUAAAGAGCCUGGUUUGUUUGAUGUGAUAAUUAUCAACGAUAACUUGGAGGAUGCUUACGGACGUCUAAAACAGGCUCUUCUCGAGGAAAUUAAUAAGGUGAAGAAGAUCAGCAUGUCCUCGUAGGACACGCCGCGGUCCCGUCCAGCCACUCCUCUGAAAACCACAGACCUACAUUCCAGUUGUGUACAUUCCCUAAGAAGAUGGUCUGUGUGUAGGUUUUACAUUUGUGUUUAGAAGUAUAUGAAAACAUACUGUAAAGUGCGUAUUUUUUUAUUUUUUUUUUCUUCACAUUUUUGGUUUUCAGUUGUAUGAAAGAAAACGAUACUCCAGCAAUCCUUAUUUGAUGUGUGACUGUCAUGGUAGAGCGCUCUCUGUUGGACAUUUACUGAACACAUUGUCACCAACGCAGACACACAACCAGGAUGUAACCCACUCCAUCACGUGGAUUAACCGGUUUGUCAAGGGUGUGGAAAGUCCUGUAUUCAGAUACCGUGGUUAGUGGCAGCAAGUUAUGCUGCUCUUAUUGUCUGAAUCUUUUUUUCUCGGGCAACCAGUCAAACUGUGUUGAUAAUUUAAUGGAUGCACAGAAGCGGUAAAAUGUAUCGAAGACAGACUGAGUGAGAGUUUGACAUCAGCUCCCAGUUCAUCAAUUCAGCUGAUCUCUGGGAAUAAACAUGGUGGUUGUUUACUUACAGGCAAGUCAUCACUACUGUUGAAAUAAAAAUAUUCCAGUGCCGGUUAAUGCUUUUUUCUCGAUCGCCACAUAAUGUGCUAACUAAAUAUAAAUUUGGUUUGUGAGAUGAGAGUAAAUACUGAUGUGCUCUAGUUGGAUUAAAUCCCCUGAUAGGAAUAAUAGUUAAGAACAAAAGCAGCAGAACUUAGUGCCACUCAGAAUAUACCAUCUUUACGUUUUUUCAGGGGGGAGCAAUUUUUUUAACGUUGUAAAUUUGUUAAACUUUACUAUGGUGUAGCUUUUUCCUUUUACUGCUUUGUGUGAAGGGUAAAAUGACGUCCAGUAGACUUUAUGGGGUUUCUAACAAAAGGAAAGGUUUUAAACUACGAGGACAAAUUAAAUGGCGUAUUUAUCUUUUUUUUUUUAUCGUUUACAACCAAGCACAAGAUACAUUUACCUGAUAGCCAAGAAAACAUUUAAAACAUAACACUUGUACAUUGGCGUUCAUUUACGCUGAGUUUUAAAUAAUUCAUAUGCUUUUAACAGAAAUACGCUCAAAAUAUAAGCAGGCAUACGCUCUCAUACUAACUGAAAAGUUCGGUGGGGGAAGCAGGGGGGAUAAUGCACUAUGCCAGGGAAGUGUAGAUAUAACAAUGCUUGGCUACAAAUGGAAAAGUACCUGCCAUGGGUUACAAAAGAACAAAGACCUCAAACUAUUUUCUCAUUCAUUUGUGUCAUUUAAGGGAUACUGUAUGCUUUGGAAUUCUCAUUGGCAGCUUCGAUACAAAAUUGUCACUUUCAUGUAUACACCCAGAUUUCACAAAAUAUUUGGUCAUGGAAAGUUGGUUUAAAGUUAUUGAAAAGUCAUGGAAAUCCAUUGGUCAAAAUGUGUAUGAACGCUGAAUUUAACCAGCAAUAACAAUACUGUGCUUGUUCGGGAAAUAUAUCAUUUUGUAUUACGUCCAUUAAUCGUCCAGCAGUGAGACUGUUACCUGUUGAAACUCUUAAUAAAUAUUCAUAAACCCAG